CUUCAUUUCCUUUCUGCAGCUUUUUAUAUCCCUAGCCUUCUCAACCUUAUCCCAAAAUGUAUUUUCCUAUCAUGCCCUGAAUGGCUUGAUGUGAGGAAUCAAAGUCUACAACCACAGAGCAGUCAUAAAGCAGGCAUGUUCACUCAGCGCUGCGCACCUAUGCUGGAUGCAGGGGGGUAUUCCCUCCUAGCCUGCUUACCGGAGGUCAAGAAAGGCACGUGCUUAAAGAGCAAGCUGCUUACAUAUGCACUGGAUGUCCAAGAAAAGGUUGUUUUAUUACAGUGAGUCCCCAGAACGAUUGACAUUUUUCCCAGCCCCGAGUCUCAGUUCAUUUACGCAUGUGUGGCAUUUCUCCCUGGUCAUAUGGUGGUCUUUCUGAUGAAGGAGCUGUCAUCUUCCUGGCUGUGUACUCUUUGACCUGGGUCAAGUUGGAGGAUGUUUGCCUGGCUCUGGUCGGUCCUCUUAUCAGCAUCAACUCUGUCCACCAAUCCGCUGCUUCUUUGUUAAUUUGUGGCCCAGCCUGCUGUCUUGGAUUCCAGAGAUAAGAUAACUAACAAUGUUAUUUGGAGAAACAGGAGACUCACUGUCUGUAUUAACUCUCUAGGUCUGUAGAAAAGCAUCUGUUACCAGGACUGAAAACCUGGCUUAGAAAGGUCAGAACCAUAGCUGCCAAUUCAGCACCUCAUGAAGGCAUAUAGCUUUUAACCUAAAUUAUUUUCCUCAUUUCACAAGGAACUCCUUGCCCUUCUUCCAUCAAAUCUGGUUUAACACUCUGGUAAUCAAUCCAGCCAGCUUGCUCCCCAGAACACUUUGGCCACAACUGCACAGUUGCAUUCCAUCUCAUGCCCACACACCUGUUCUCUCAAAUGCGUGCCCAAGAUCCAGGUACACAAAACCUCAAUCCCAACACCGUCCCAGUAAUCAGCCGGUAAUUUACAACCUCUACUCUCCCUUCUUCCUUUUGGGACCCAGCCUCCAGUCAGAAAGACAGAGGAGAACACUCCUGGUGCUCCCGAUCCCUUUAGCGUCUUUCCAAGGGAUGCAAAGUCCCUUUCUGACGUUCUGCCGUUUCCUUGUGGCAGCCUCCCAUAACCCUACUUGAAUGACAGCAAGCAGAUGGUGGUGAUCUUGUUUGAUCAGAUGCAGUGGAGUCUCCUUAACAUCUCUGACACGUGCCCCCAGAAGACAGCAAAGCUCUCUGGAGAGGUUGUCUGGGCAGCAGAUGGGGGCCUCAGUGCCUCCCAGCAUGGAGUCCCCAGUCACUAAGACAAUGCCGGGCAACGGUGCCCAGCAGCUGCUCCCUGGCAGGGGCUCUCCCUCACCCGCUGAGGUGAUUCCUUGCGUCAGCAUGGAACUGGAACUUCAAAGCCAAUAGCGUCACAAAAAAACGUGCUGAGUUUUGUGGCCUGCGAGGUUGCCCUGCAUGCUGCCUGGUCCCCAGCCCGGGGCGCGUCAUUCUCUGUGAGGUGACACUGCGGUGUGAUGUCACAGUGGUACCUCAUACACCCUUGUGGCAGCGGUGGGAGCGGUGGCUCAGUCCGCUUGUGGGACCCGCAGGAAGUGGAACCAGAGAGAGCGUUGUGUCUGUCUGGAGAUAUCCUGCUGUGAUGGAGCGUCUGAGAGCCCUUCGAGGUCUCUUUGCUUGUGUGGGCUGCAUGCCCAGGCGUACGCGUCGCAGGGAGAGAAGCAGGGUGUCAAGCCCUGUCCCUACCUGCGCCGUGACUUUGCUGCUGCAGUGCCUGCAAGAUCGGGAGGGUGACCGAGCGCAGGCGUACUGUGAGCUGGAGAGCGCCCUGUGGGAAGACGACAGCCGCCUGCCGUGCGGAGUGGUGAACCGGCUGCUGGCAGAGGUGUCCCAGGACCUGACGGCAGCCCAGGGCGUAACCAGCAAUGUGAGGACAGCUGCCAGCAAUGUCCUGGUGGCUCUGGCCCGGACGCACUUCACCUUGGUGAUGGCCGAGCUCCAGAGCCACCUGAAGGCCACGGGGGACAUGUUCAAGGAGUUUGUGCUCAUCACCCUGAGCAAACUCUUCAGCACCUAUGCUCCACAGUGCAUCCCCUUUGUGUGGCUGACGCUGGCCGGCCUGCGCAGUGUGGUGGGCCAGGUGAGGAGUGGCCAGAUCCUGCGCAUCGCUUGUGCUGUUGUGAAACAGUGGCUGGACGGAGUCAAGAUGAACUUGUCCACUGGAACCCAGUGCCCCUGGCCUGCCAUGGAGAAAGAGCGAAUUUAUGAGAACAUUCACGAGCUGCUCUUCUGUGUGGUGUGGAACUGGCAGGACUGCCAGGAGGAGGAGGUGAGCAUUGCUGCACUCCCAGCCCAAGAUGGCAGCAGGGGCACCCAUGUCGGCAGCUCUGUCUGUGCCCAGCAGGCUGAGAGCCGAGGGGGUGAUUGA